AUGACAGAUGAUACUGGAGACUCUCAACAUUCAUUUUCCUGCGAUAAUAUAAAGUUUAAUGGAUUACUUUGCGAUCUGAAGACCAUUAUCGGUCAAUCUGGAUACAGUAGACCUCGAAGGCAGAUUAGUUAUCCACCCAGAGGUAGAUACAGGGGUCAAACGCAGUCUCAAUAUUUGGCAAUUGACAGAGGCAAUGGAAAGGAUGAGGGGAAGGCAGAAGCACAUUCGGCCGCAGACUCAUCAAGAGCGAGUGUCAGUGGCAACAGCGGCAUGGGGCAAGCACAGAGUCAGUCCAUAUACGAUCCCAGUUGCGAUGACUGUUAUGGAAAAUCUGACGCACCUGGAAAAUUUGGACCUUAUGGUGAAGGCGCAGGCAAUUUAGGCUCAAGAGGACCUGGCGGUACAUACGGUCCUGGGAUUAAUUAUUAUGGACCAGGUGGCAAUCGCGAACCAAAUGGAGAAUAUGGCGGUAAUGGAAACGGUAAACCCGGUGGAGUUCAAACUUUCGGACCGGACAAUGUCUUAGACCCAAGAACGUUCGGGGAUAAUCUUAAGCCUGAUAAUGUCAAUGGCUACUUUGGACCAGGCGGAACAGGUGGAUCUAAUAAGCCCGGUGAUCCAGGCGCACAAUAUGGGCCUGGUGGCUUAGGACAAAAUGUUCCCGGCGGCUCAGGCGGACAUUAUGGAUCUGGAGGUUCGGGCGAACCUGUUCCCGAUGGUUCAAACGGACAUUAUGGGUCUGUUGGCACAGGAGGGCAAAGCGGCCCUGGUGCUCCAGGUGCACAUUAUGAACGCGGUGGUCCAGGAGGACAGUAUGGACCCGGUGGUUCAGGAGGUCCGAACGGACCUGGUGGCUCAGCCGGACAAUAUGGACCCGGGCGACCAGGAAGUCUUCAUGUUCCCGGUGGCUCAGGCGGGCAAUAUGGACCCGGUGGAACAGGAGGUCAGACUGUUCCCGGUGGCUCAGGCGGGCUAUAUGGACCACCGGGACUAGGAGGUCCGAAUAUGCCUGGUGGCUCAGGUCUGUAUGGACCCGGUGGAGCAGGAAGCCAGAAUUUUCGCGGUGGUUCAGGUGGGCAAUAUGGACCCGGUGGAACAGGAGGUCAAAAUGGUCCCGGUGUCUCAGGCGGACAAUAUGGACCCGGUGGAAAAGGAGGUCAGAAUGUUCCCGGUGGUUUAGUCGGGCAAUAUGGACCCGGUGGAACAGGAGGUCAGAAUGGUCCUGGUGGCUCAGACGGGCAAUAUGGACCCGGUGGAACAGGUCAGAAUGGUCCCGGUGUCUCAGGCGGGCAAUAUGGACCCGGUGGAACAGGUCAGAAUGGACCCGGUGUCUCAGGCGGACAAUAUGGACCCGGUGGAAAAGGAGGUCAGAAUGUUCCCGGUGGUUCAGUCGGGCAAUAUGGACCCGGUGGAACAGGAGGUCAGAAUGGUCCUGGUGGCUCAGACGGGCAAUACGGACCCGGUGGAACAGGUCAGAAUGGUCCCGGUGUCUCAGGCGGGCAAUAUGGACCCGGUGGAACAGGUCAGAAUGGACCCGGUGUCUCAGGCGGACAAUAUGGACCCGGUGGAAAAGGAGGUCAGAAUGUUCCCGGUGGUUCAGUCGGGCAAUAUGGACCCGGUGGAACAGGAGGUCAGAAUGUUCCCGGUGGUUCAGUCGAGCAAUAUGGACCCGGUGGAACAGGAGGUCAGAAUGGUCCUGGUGGCUCAGACGGGCAAUACGGACCCGGUGGAACAGGUCAGAAUGGUCCCGGUGUCUCAGGCGGGCAAUAUGGACCCGGUGGAUCGGGGGGGCAAUAUGGACCUGGUGGAAUAGGAAGUCAGAAUGGUCACGGUGGCUCAGGUGGGCAAUACGGACCCGGUGGAUCAGGGGGGCAUGAUGUUCCUGGUGGUGCAGGUGGACAGCAUGGACCCGGUGUUCCAGGCGGACAAUAUGGACCUGGUGGAACAGGAGGUCAGAAUGGUCCUGGUGGCUCAGGCGGACAAUAUCGACCCGGUGGAACAGGAGGUCUUAAUAUUCCUGGUGGCUCAGGCGGACAACUAUAUGGGCCCGGUGGAAUAGGAGGUCAGAAUAUUCCUGGUGGCUUAGGCGGACAAUACGGACCUGGUGUUACAGGGGGGGCAAUAACUCCAGGUGGCCCGGGCUUAGGAGGACCUGGUGGACAAAAUGGGCCUGGAGGUCAAUCUGGAUCUAAUUGGCCUCUGGCAUCUGGCCCUUACCCCGGUCCUGGAGGCAGCAGUGUAUAUUGCUGCACAAUACCUAUUAACGGCGCGAAUAACUUAUAUCCAGGACCUGGUAACGGAUACGGUCCUGCUGGAGGGUCUAUCGCUCCUGGCGGAUCUAGUGGACACAAUGUUCCAGGUGCUUUAGGAGGACCAUAUGCACUAGGUAGCUUAGGUCAAUAUGGACCUGGUGGGGCAGGAGGACAAAACAUUCCUGGUGGUUUAGGACAAGCUGUUUCUGGUGGUACGGGCGGACAAUACGGCCCUGGAGGACUAGGCAGGCCCGGUGGUUCUGGUGGCCAAUAUGGACCUAGUGGAGCAGGGGAACCAAAUAUUCCUGGUGGCACAGGUGGUCAAUACAGACCCAGUGUAUCAGGGGGUCAAAAUGUUCCUGGUGGUCCAAACGGACAAUAUGGCCCAGGCGGAACAGGAGGUCAGAUUGUUCCCGGUGGCUUAGGACAAUAUGGACCUGGUGGCUCUGACGGACAAUAUGUACCCGGUGGAACAGGAGGUCAGAAUGGUCCCGCUGGCUCAGGCUUGCAAUAUGGACCCGGUGGAACAGGAGGUCAGAAUGGUCCCGGUGGCUCAAGCGGGCAAUACGGACCCAGUGGAACAGGAGGUCAGAACGGUCCCGGUGGCUCAGGCGGGCAAUAUGGACCCGGUGGAACAAGAGGUCAGGAUGGUCCCGCUGGCUCAGGCGGGCAAUAUGGACCCGGUGGAACAGGAGGUCAAAAUAUUCCGGGUGGCUCUGGUGGACAAUAUGGACCCGGUGGAACAGGCGGACAAUAUGGACCCAGUGGAGCAGGAGGUCAGAAUGGUCCCGGUGGCUUAAGUGGGCAAUAUGGACCCGGUGGACUAGGAGGUCCGAAUAUGCCUGGUGGCUCAGGUCUGUAUGGACCCGGUGGAGUAGGAGGCCAGAAUGUUCCCGGUGGUUCAGGUGGGCAAUAUAGACCCGGUGGAACAGGAGGUCAAAAUGUUCCCGGUGGCUCAGGCGGACAAUAUGGACCCGGUGGAACAGGUCUGAAUGGUCACGGUGGCUCAAGCGGACAAUACGGACCUGGUGGAACAGGAGGCCCUAUAACUCCCAGUAGUCCUGGUGGACAAUACGGACCCGGAGGAACAGGACAAAAUGUUCCAGGUGGCACAGGUGGUCAAUAUGGCCCCGGUGUGUCAGGAGGGCCCGGAAGUUCCGGUGGACAAUAUGGACCUGGGGGUGUGGGUGGACAUAAUAUUCCUGGUGGACAAUAUGGACCUGGUGGGGCUGUUGGACAAAACAAACCGGGUGGGUUAGGACAAAAUGUGCCUGGUGGGUCAGAUGGACUUUACAGACCAGGAGGGUCAGGAGGUCCCGCCGGUUCUGGAGGUCAAUAUGGCCCUGGUGGAUCAGGAGGUGCAGGGGAACCUGAUAAUUACAGACGACCGGACUCGACCAACCAGUAUGGUCCUGGUACAGGACCUUAUGGUCCAGGCAUGGUCAGUCCAGGAGCAGCGCCUAAUCAAGGAAACUAUGGAGUAAACGGAAAUGCUCAAGGUCCUGGAGCAGGCGGACCCUAUCCCGGUGCUCAAGGGGGAGGGGCAGGUCAACAGCCUUAUGGACCAGGCUUCUACCCCGGCGGUGAAAAUUUGGGCCCGGGAGGCACAGGCACCAAUGGUUAUUACAAUCAAGGAGGCACCGGUCAGAAUCCUGAUACAGACAUUCCACAAAACUUCGCUAAUCCAAAUACGAUUGCGUCUGAUGAUGACGAUUCGGAGGCUGAAGCGAGUGUGAAUCAAGCAGUAAAUGGAACAACCGCUAGCGCCUCCUCAAAAGGUGGAAAUAGUAGAGAACGAGCUCAAGCAAAUGUUCACGGAACCUACACAGGUAGCGGAUCCUUCCAAGCGCAGGCUCAGAUCACAGGUGACACUAAAGGAGCUGAAAGCGAAGUUAGCGGGGGUAAAAAAGGUGCAUCGAGUUCAGCAUCAGGAAACGGAAGAAACAAUAAGUCACAAGCCAGUGUGCAACUCGGAUCAGAAACUGGAGCUGUACAAACACAGUCUCAAAGUAAUGGCGUAAUGCAUUCCUCAAACUCACAAGUGCAGGGUAGUGUUAAGGGAGGUAUGGCCGAUGCUCAAGCUCGCGGUCCCGGUAGCACGUCUUCUCAAGCCCAAAUUGGUUUUACUCCGUACAAGGAUCGAGACAAAGCCGCUCAUGACAAACAGGGAACUCCUUUCAUCGGUGGAGGUUUAGCUUCGGCACAAUCCAGCGGCCGCACUGGUCAAUCACAAUCACAGCUUCAUGGAACGUUUAGAUAUGGUAUCACUUAUAAUGGCGCUGCACAGGCAGGAGCUAGUCUAGACAAGGCAGCGGUAUUCCCAAACCGUCUUUCGUUUGAUAAAAUAGAUGUCUUUAAUGACGACGACAAACUUAUAAAUACGACAGAUAUCACAGAAGAACCUGAGCCUACAGAAGAUAGAAGUCUUUAUGAACCGCCUAAAGAAUCUGCAGAUACGUCCGUGCCAUUCGAAACUAAGGUUACGGAUCAAUUUACCACCGUUAAAAACAUUAUCGAUGAAAGUGGAACGGACCCGGAAACUGAUUAUUCGAGUCACAGCCAUUCGGAUCAUCACAAGUCAGAUGAAAUAGACAAUACACCAGGACCACCCGUUUUAAGUAAUAAAUCAUUCCAAAAUAAUAAUUACGGAUCGAAUCAUGAUUACGAUUUCACUACGGAUAAAGAUGAAACGGAGAAUCAACCAGAGGAUUACGACACCGACGCAGGUUUCGGUCCAGAUAGUAACGACGGUCUCGUGGAGCAAGGGGAAUACUCCAACUACGACGAUUACACCAAAGAUCCUCAAACUCACCAGCCCCUUCAGAGCACAAAUCAUAAAGGUUUAGAAAUUAAGCAGUCGACUGGUGGCAAUACGCAGCAUAUUUUGCUCGGUUCACUGAAAAACCAGGACGCUGAAAUAACUCAAAGAAAUUCUGAGCGGCCAGACGAAGGUAGGGUCUAUCAACCAGGCGAGAGAGUGCCGGGAAUCGGAGGCUACAUCAUACCUCAAGGGUUCACAGGGAGCGUCAAAUCAGUCGCUUCCAAAGAUAAAACAUACGUAGUAGGUUCCAGGCAUUCUCCUUCGCAGGCGCAAACUGUCACUCUGACGCCAGGUACAGGGAGACUUAGUUACAACCAUCCUCACACUUACAGCGCCAACAGAUAUGUUAAGCCAAAGGAUUUGAGAAACUUGAACAGUGGAAGCGACAACGACAACAGAUACGUUUCAGUGUCCAAGUCGGUCACCAGAGAUUUGGACAGCGAGAAUAACAUUAAGAAGCAGUACUCACACACUUACUACACAAAAUCAUCCUCAUGUGGGUACUUCACGUUUACUUGUACGAUGGUGAGCAGUGCGGAGGGCCGCAAGAAGGUUUGCAAACCAAAAAUACCGAGAAACCCCGAUGGCACGCCUAUAAGAUGUUAAUGUAA